AAUAUGAUUCGGAGACGAAUAAAAAACUGAUGCGAACACGAGGUGAUAUUGUGUUAGGUGGCAUAUUUCCUAUGCACGAACAGAUUAAUACGAAUAAUGAGUAUCCGUGCGGUGAUAUCAAAAAGGAAAAGGGUGUGCAACGGUUGGAGGCUAUGCUGUACGCUAUUGAUUUGAUCAAUGAGGAUCCUAACAUAUUGCCAAAUAUAACGCUAGGAACUUUAGUCAUUGAUUCCUGUUCAAGUGAUACAUACGCUCUCGAACAGUCGAUGGAGUUCGUCAGAUAUUAUAUGAACAAGGACUUAUCCGAAUACAUGUGUGAAAAUGGAAUGCCACCCACAUUCGUACCGCACAAGCCAGUUACAGGCGUCAUUGGAGCAUCCUUUAGUGUGGUUUCUAUCAUGGUGGCGAAUAUCUUACGUUUAUUUAAGAUUCCUCAAAUUAGCUAUGCCUCUACCAGCACAGAAUUGUCAGAUAAAUCACGUUUUGAGUACUUUAGUCGCGUAGUACCACCCGACAAUUUUCAAGCCCAAGCCAUGGUGGAAAUACUAAAAACCCUAGGGUGGGGCUACGUCAGUACGGUAGCAGUUGAAGGUGAUUAUGGUGAGAAGGGAAUCGCUUCGUUCAUCUCUAUCGCCCACGACUUAGGAAUAUGUGUAGCUGUCUCCGAGAAAGUUUCACGUCAUUCCAAACCGAACGAUUUUGAUCGCAUCAUCGAACGUUUAUCACAAAAACCACAAGCACGUGCCGUUGUUAUGUUUGUCGACGAGGAUAAUACCAGAAAACUUUUACUGGCAAGCAUUCGUGCGAAUAAAACGGGUCACUUUUACUGGGUGGGCAGUGAUUCAUGGGGAGCAAAAGUACAUCCUGUAAGGGAUCACGAAUAUGCAGCUGUCAACGCAAUUACCGUUUUACCACAUCGAACAUCUUUAGUUGGAUUUGAUGAGUACUAUGCAAGAUUGAAACCAACACUUGACCGUAAACUAUGUACCGAAUUUGGUGUCAAUAUUCCGUAUGGUGAUUCAAAUAAAUUUCGAUUGAAUUGCCGCAACAUUUGGUUUAAUGAAUAUUGGAGUCAACAUCAUCGAUGCAGUUUAAAUCGAAAUGACGAAAAUGCGUGCACCGGAAACGAGACAAUGGGACCGUACGAACAAGAGGGUUUGGUGCCAUUUGUUGUCGAUGCUGUCUUCGCUAUGGCACAUGCUUUGGACGAGCUGUACAAAGAUGUUUGCGGUGGUAUACCAUACAAUGACUGUGCCGAAAUGAAUUCAGCAUCAAUUGGUCCUCGUCUACUGAAAUACAUUUUGAAGGUGUCUUUCGUUGGACGGCAAGGAUCAUUGAUUCAUUUCAAUCAAGACGGCGAUGCUUUUGGAUCUUAUAACAUAUAUCAAUAUCAGCAGAAAGACAACAAAUACGAUUAUGUUCCGAUUGGUACAUGGAAGGAAGGACUAAACCUUAGUAUGACUGAAUUGAAAUGGCAUAACGGAGUAGUACCUCAAUCGAUCUGUAGCGGUCCAUGUCCAGCUGGUCAUGUGAAGAAUCAUCAGGAUCAAUGUUGCUGGUCGUGUUUGCGAUGUCGGGAAGAUUCAUACGUAGAUAACGACACAUGUAUAACAUCCGGCGCACCAAAUGAAAAUAAGACCGAAUGUGACAAGUUAACGCCACAAGUUAUCGAUUGGAAGAGUCCAUGGGCAUUGGUGCCAUUAAUAUUGCCGCUAUCGGUAUCGUUGUACAGUGUUUACUGUAUGCGUUUUAUUAAGUUUAACAAGACACCGGUGAUCAUGGCAUCCGGAAGAGAACUGUGUUAUGUAUUACUGCUAGGUAUUUUGUCCAGUUACGGAAUGACUUUCUUGAUAUUAUCCGAACCCACUGUAAGACGAUGUGCUGCGGUUCGAGUUGGUCUUGGACUGUGUCUGAGUCUGUGCUACAGUGCUAUUUUCAUUAAAACGAAUCGAAUCUCGAGAAUAUUUAACCGUGGUGUGAAGACUGUACAUAGACCGACAUAUACAUCACCUUUAUCGCAGGUUGCCAUCUGCUUAGGUAAUGUCUAA